AUGUUCCCUGAGGGAAUUACUUUUGAACAAGUGGAUCCUUACAACCUAGUGAAGGGAAGCAAGUUUUUCAGCAAGAAUGCUUUCAAGAAGCAUUUGAGGGCCUAUUGUGUGAAGCAUAGACAUCAGGUCAAGUUUAAAGAUUCAAACAACUACAAGAUUAGUGUGAAGUGCAUUCAUCAUGAGAAGACCAAGUGUCCUAUGUUCAUUUAUGGAAGAGUUUUGAAGGGUGAAGGAACUACAUUUACUCUGAGAAGUUGGAAUGUGAAGCACACAUGCAAUGGAAAUGUUAAAGGGGAGAACAGAUGUGCAAAUCCAGAAUUUGUAGCUGACUGGUACAUGCAUAGGUUGGAGACUCUAGGUAGCAAAAACAAAAUCCCUGAUCCCGAGUCAUUGGCAAAUGAGUUCAACAAAACAAAGAAAGUGAAAAUUAAGUACCAUACAAUAUGGAGAGCAAGAAAUAUUGUGUUGCAGAAACUUCAUGGCAGCUAUGAGGAGCAGUACAAGAAAAUUCCUGCAUUCUGUGAAAUGGUGAAGGAAAAAAUGCCUGGCAGUGUAGCUAGUUUCUCAUAUGGAAGCACAGACAACACAUUCUUGUCAAUGACACUCUGCUUCAAGCCUGCUAUAGAAGGAUUCUUGGCUGGAUGUAGGAAAAUCAUUGUAUUGGAUGCUUGCCAUUUGUAUGGGAAGUAUGGUGGUGUGUUACUGGUUGCAACAGGUCUAGAUGGUCAGAAUGGUUUAGUACCUCUUGGUAUAAUGGUGUGUAGGAAUGAAACCAUUGAGAACUGGAAGAUUUUUCUCAAAGACUUGAAAGCUGUACUGGGUGAAGACUUGCAUUUCACCAUUAUAUCAGACAAGCAGAAGGGGAUUAGUGAAGCUUGUGACAAAUACUUCUGCUUGGAUGAGCACAGAUUAUGUUUCAGAUAUUUGAUGAAGAAUUUCAAGAAGUAUUUCAAGUCAUACAGCUUACAUGUUCAUUUCUGGAAUGCUGCCAAAUGUUACAAGAAGAGACACUAUCAGCAACACAUGGAUAAAUUAUUUGCUGAGGAUGAAAAAGCUGCACUGUAUCUCAUAGAUCAAAAACCUGAAAGCUGGUCUAGGUCUCAUUUCUCAAAUGACAGCAAGUGUGAGCAAAUCAACAAUAAUUUCUCAGAGUCUUUCAACAACAUGGCCAAGACCUUUAGAGAUAAGCCAAUCAUUACACUUGCACAAAUGUAUAAUAAACUGGUGAUGGGUCUUUUAUUCAAGAGGAGGAAUGAAAGUGAAAACUGGAAGGAUGAUGAGAUAGUUCCAAAGGCAAUGAAGCUGAUUACAAAGAUGCAGGACUUAAAUCAUCUGUUUGAGUUAACUGGAGCUGUAAGGGGAAGGGUGUAUGAGGUCAGGAGUGUUCAUGAUGCUGUGUUUGUUGUGGAUCUUUCCAAAAAGAGUUGUAGUUGUUUGCAGUGGCAGCUGAGGGGAUUUCCCUGUCAACAUGCUAUAGUUGCUUUAACACCAUUGAGACCAAACUGGGUUGACUACUGUGACCCUGUAUACAGUGUGGAAUACUACAAAAAGACAUAUGCUCCAGAGUUUGAACCACUGUCAGCUGAAAUUGACUGGAAUAUACUGGUAGAGUUCAUUAAUCCUCCUGUUAUCAUAAGAAAAACUGGAAGGCCAAGAAAGAAGAGGAUUCCUUCUUAUGAUGAAGCUGGAAGUGUGAAGAAAAUGAGAAAGUGUAAGAAGUGUGGAGUUUAUGGUCACUAUGCAAUAACUUGUGCUGGUGGAGAGGUUGGAAAGAAUCCAAAUGGAGAAAAACCUAGAACCUGUGUUGAUGGCUCAACAUCAUCUACUCAUGUCCCUGAACCACCAAAAAGGAAGUACAAUAGAAAGAAACCGGUUGUUAGUGCUUCUGCAGGUGCAUCUACUACUGCUAAGGAUGGAAUGAAGAACCAAAACAAUUCAGAAUCUUCUAAACAAGGUGCUACAAAAGGGAGAAAGAGAAAGGCUUCUUCUCAACCUGCUUUCAAUCAGACUAAUCAACAUGUUAGAUCUGUCAACAACAAAGUCACCUUCACAGUUGCAGAUCCAAAGGGAAAGAAGAAACCAAAGAAGCUACAUUAUCAUUCAUACCACCACCCAUUUUUCAGUUCUGAAAAUGAAGAGAAGCAGAAGUUAGACUUGGAAACUACUGAGAUUGAGCAAGUUGCAUUGCAAGAAGAAGAAAACGCAUAUAAAAACACAAUUUCUCUACUACAUUUGACUGAUAAGCUACAAGAUAAGAUAGCAAGGACGAAACAUAGAACUGCAGAGCAAAAGUUGUUGGAUUGGCAGCCAGUGAGAACUGGUAUUACACGGCUUGCAACAAAUGCCACACAAAGAUAG